AUGAAUCAGUCAGUGUAGUUCAACCUUGCCCUGACUCAAGUAGUAGGCAGCUCUCAGAACUCUACUUUCACUGAUUCCCCCAGAUUCAGGUCGACAAAUAACCCUUAAUAUGUUGUGUAUCAGUAGCCUUAUGAAAAACAAAGUUCAACAACGACAACAACAGCUUCCUCAAAACUAGUAAGUCUACUUCAGUCUCACUCAAUCCUUCCAUAGUCCCGAGAAUCCAUGGGCGGCCUCUCGCACUCCUCUAAAAAACAUAGAGAACUCAAGCGAGCACAGGAACUGUCAAGUAACAUAGCAUCUCAGCAGCAGGUUUAAUAAAAUCUGAGGCAGAGUUAGUAGGAUAGCCUAAUCCAAAAGAAUGCAAGCAUUAAUCAGUAAAUUACACCCAAUAACUAGGGUUCAAAAUAAAUUCAACUCAAUAAGAGUGCUAUGCAGACCAGAUCCCUAUCUAGGGAAAAAUUCCAAGAGGAGAUAGUGCAAUUUGAGAGUUAGCCAAUAAACAUUAGUAACACUAAUAAAGAAAAUAAUUCUAAUUCAAGUUAAGCCAUAAAGGGUAUGAAAAGUGGCAGUGCUAGUAAUUAGUUCAGAAGAUGCUCUGAGAGAUAGCCAUCUAAGCGCAAAGACUUUGGAGGUCCUCUAAGUCAGACAAGAUAGAAUACAGAUAAAAUCGAAAGUCAGUCUGUGCAUGGAAGUAGCACUCCAUUAGCUUCUCAGUAGAAAAAUAAUAUGAUACUGUCAUCAUAGUUUGAAAACUCAAGUAAUAGAGACAUUGAAAGCGAUUUGUCUGGGAAUGAAUAUGAUGGAAAAGACUUUAAUGAUUAACUGAAUAAAGCAGAUAAUUUAAGUGAAGUUAGUGAAGAGAGCGCAUUUGAGGAAGAAGACGACGAGUACUUUGGUGACAGUAAAUAGUAAAAAGAUGGACAAAAUAAUAAUAGUUAAUUCUCUAAAGCAUCCACUUAAUUACAAGGAGAUGAAGAUUCAAAAUAGCAGCCAGAAAAUGGAACAAAAAAGAAGAAGACAAGUAUUCGUAUUCUUGCAUCGAUGCCAAAGAAUGCUAAAGAGGAGGAGGAGAAAUUCUUUGAAUCUAACUGCCAGAUUAACCCUUAAUUCGAGUAUGAUAAUCCUUCAGUGGCAGCAAAGUUCAUUAAUCAAUUUAAAAAGCCAAGAAGUGAUUUACUACCCUUCGCUUAGAAAAUAAUGGAUGCAUUUCUGCAGCAUUAUGGAUCUGAAUCCAAUUACUUGCUUACAGAGGGUAGAGUGAUAACAGACUAGGAAGAGACAGAAAUGAUAUUCAAAAAAUAUCUAGAGGAACUAGACGUCUUGGAAGUUGCAGUGAUCAAUUUUAGUGAUAAAAUAGUUGCUCCAACUUCAGUUACAUACGAUAACUACUCUUCAAAGAUUAAGAUAAACAUUCAAGUCCCGGUUGAGUAUCGUGAGGGUAGAAUUAUGGGAGUUCUGCAUCAUGAAAUCGGUACGCAUUUCUUGCGUCGAUUAAAUGAAACCUAGUAAGUUUGGCAUGGUAAAAGGAAGAAGUAUGGACUUAAGUCAUGUAUUGCUAUAGAAGAAGGCAUGGGUUGUAUUCACAUGAUGCUAGAGUAGUCUAAGGAUAAAGAUAGAAGACCUUACCUAUUUAAACCAGCUUUAAAUUACUAUGCUUGCUACAAAGCAUCUGAAUUGUCAUUUGCUGAGUUAUUCAAUGACCUAGAAAAAUAUGUAGAUAAUCCAAGAAAGCGUUGGAAGUAUGUACUCAGAGUCAAGAGAGGUCUAUCUGAUACAUCUUAGCCAGGCGGGCUGUAUAAAGACCAGGUCUAUCUUGAGGGAGCUAUUAAGAUUCUUAAGAAUAGAAGAGAUAUAAACUUUAAACUGCUUUACGCAGGAAAGUUAAACAUAGAGGACUUAAAGCGCCCUAAAUUUAUAAAGUAAGUCAAAGAGUGUUAUUGA